AACCCACAUGUUUCCAUGGCACUGAGUCCAAAUCAUUCGAGGACAAACUGGGUUCGAGUUUAUGCUCCGACUGACUCAACUCGACCCGAUUCUGAAGCGCUCAGUUUGUUUGUGCUCCACUUUCCUCUUCCCAUUUCCCAGUUUACCAAUCUGAUCUACCCAAAGACAUCAUCUUUCUUCACUCAAAGCUUUACUGCCAGUAGCUCUGCAAAACCCAGUUCUCAAUUCAAAGGUAAGGGCUCUCCUUUAUGUCUCUCGCUCUUUGUAGACAUGCAGAACGCAUAUAUUAGCUCAAGUAUAUACUCAUUUAGAACCAAAGGCUCUGUCUUUAAUGACUACUCUUACUUGUUGAAUGAAAGAUUUGACAGAAACCCAAUUCCUCCAUCGUUAAUAUCAACGUCAACAUCAUGUUGUUGUGAUUGUUGUGCAUUUUCGACCCCUAGAGUGCCCAUAAACCCUUGUUACUUAUAUGGGUUGAGGCAGUCCUCCUUGUUUCGAUGGUCAGCUUCUAGAAGGUUUAUCUUGGGUGGCAGGGACCGGUUUUAUUACCGGGUUCAGGAAUGCGGUCCGGGUCCGGGUUGUUAUGAGCUGUCUUGCUCACUUAGUGAGAGGAGUGGUUACAAUAGAGGAAAGGGGAGAUGUGGUUGUGUGGUUGAUGAGGAGGGGGAGAGUGAGGUUUGCGAUUCGGAUGGUUUUAGUGAAGUGGAGUCUGUGCUCAGCUUGCUGAGUGAGGAAGUGGGUGAGGAGCGUUUUGGUAGGGAGAGAAAUGGGUUUAAGAGAGCAGGGCUGGAGGGUAGGAGGAGAAAUGUGGGUUCGUCGUCUAAGAGAGUGGAAGAGGAGAGUAGGAGGAGUUUGAGUGGUAGUCGGAGAAAUGUGGGUUCGUCUAAGAGAGUAGAAGAGGACAGUAGGAGGAGUUUGAGUGGUGGUAAGAGAAAUGUGAGUUCGUCGAAGAGCGUAGAAGCUGAGAGGAGGAGUUUUGUUGGUAGAGAGAAAAGUGAGAGUUCCGUUAAGGGAAGAGAGAAAAUUGAGAGUGUAUCGAAGGGAGUGCAAGUAGAUUUUGAAGAAACUAAUAGAAGUGAGUGUAGCAGUGGGGAGAAGAAAAGUAACGGUAGGUACUCAUCUUUGGAGAGUAAUUCAAAGCACCGAUUGGAAUCAACUAGAGUCGAGUUAAGUGAAAAGAUUCUAGACAGAAAGAAGAGACGGCUGCUUUUAAGAGCUGAAAAUCAUAGGGGAAGGAAAGAGGGUUCCAGUGGUUCAUCUUAUUACUCCUUGUCUUCAGGGGAUUUUGGAAGUGAGGCAGAUGUCCAUGAUAAGCAUGGCCUUUUGGAGGAACCAGGUUCAAGUGUGCUUAAGGAUUCCCACUAUGAUAGAGGUAGAUUUGAUGGGCGAAUCAGUGAAGAGUACAGGAACCGUAGAGAUGAUGCUGAGGCCAAUAGUGAAAUAUCGAAGCAGAGAAAUACUGCAGUUGAGGGGGGUGGCAUGUGGGAUUGGAGGAAGAAGUCAGAAAAGAAGCUUACAGAAGUAGUGAUUGAAGAAACACAAGCAUCAAGGAAAUCCUCAGAAAAGCAUUCAAGAGUAUUGAAGACCAAUGAAAGUGAGUUAGCAAAGGCCUCUGGGUCACACAAGCAGUUUAAUGAUGAGAGGGAGAAUUCAUAUUUGACUUGGGGAACAAAAGAACAAUAUAGGCGAACAGGGAACCAAGAUAUUGUUGAGACUGAAUCUAGAAGAAAAUUUCAAGAAGGCAAAGAGAAAUUAGAAGUCCAUAGAACUGAUGCUGAAACAUCAUUGCGGUCCCAAAAGAGACUUAGUGACAGGGAACAAAACCUAGCAAUGGCUACAAACUUAGUACAGGAGACAAGAGAUGAACAUUACAAGACGACUGGCCAUAUCACUCAAAGGGAAGAUUUGAAUAUUGACAUCCAAAAGCUCUCAAGAGUUUCACAAGUUCAAGUUGUUGAUACCGAAAGGACCUCCAAUCGGCGGCGGCAGUCUGAUACAAGGAUUAACCAGGAAGAAAACACAAAUAUGGGCCUGAUUUCAGUUGAGGGGACAGAAGAGCAAUGCCACCAAAUAAGCCAUCAAUUAGAUCAAAAAGUUAUUCAGAGAGUUCAAUCCAGAAAAGGAACCAAUGAUGCUGCUGAAAUGUCGUAUGUUCAUGCAAGUGAUACAGCAAGAAAUACCAAUUCCCAAAGAACCUUUGACAAGAGAACUACCAAUCAAGGAAGUAUUACAGUAUUGGCUGCAACAUCAGUUGAGGAAACAGUACAGAGAAAUAAUCAAACUGAUGAAAAGCUCAAGCAAGUUAAAUCAAGAAAAGAGGCCCAAAGUUCAACAGAAGUAUCAACUCUUCCGGAAAAAUACUCGGGAGAACCUUCUAGUUUCCAAGUAUCUUUGAGUAUGGUUUCCCAAGCUAGAAUGCAACGGGAGGAUGUUGAGGGGCAUAAGGGAAGUCCACAGGCACCACUGUUGCCUCCCCCUCCUCAAUUGAUUGCUAGAGGAUCGGCACACAUUGAGUUGUCGAGUGUGACUGCAACUCAGGAGGUUUCUGGAGAAACUUCAGAGAGUAAUUCAGCUCUGAACUAUGAGUCUUGUGGUGGAAACAGUAACACUGAGACUCCAGCAGAGAUUUUAUACCUCGAUAAUCCUGAAGAUGCUUUGGGUUCAGCUCAUCGGUUGGAGGAAUCAUCUUCACAGUUUAUUGGGGAGUUCUGUGAGAAAAUUAGAUAUGGAGUCUCAACUUCUGAAAACCAGACUGCCCAGAGAGUUUCUGGAGCAACUUUGGUGUAUGGAGGUGAGAAGUAUGGGCAAAAGACUUUGACUUCGUCAUCCAGCGGAAAUGGAACUGAUGAGACUCAAGGGGAAAAUUCCUACCUCAUUAAUCCUGAAGAUGCUUUGGGUUCAGCUCAGCGUUUGGAGAAGUCAUCUUCACAGUUUGUUGGGGAGUUCUCUGAGAAGGCAAGGCAUGAAGCCUCAACUUCUGAAGAAUAUGGGGCGGAGAUUUCUGAAGCAAAAUGGGUGCCUGGAGGUGAGAAGCAUGGUCAAAUAACUUCAAGUCAAUAUGGGUCUGAAGACUCUCAGCUGAAGGGGAACCAGUCAAGGCGUUCAUCUGGAGGUUCUGGAACCAAAGGGCCUUCAGUUGAAAUGUGGGAUGUGACUGACACAUCCACUCUUAAAAGCCCUGAGGAAGAAAAACCAGGGGCUACUACAACUAGUGAAAAAUCAGAGGCUACUACAGCAAGUGAAAAAUUAGAGGCUGCUACUACAAGUGGGAAUGCCGUUGCCAAGAAAACCGGCAGGUCCAUAUGGAAUGUUGUUGCAGAUAUAGUUAAGCUGAGGUGGAUUUCUCAUGCUGAGACCCAUCAUUCUGGUGCAAGGUCAGGUGAAAGGAUUUCAUCAACUGAAUCUGGAAGUAGUGAGGCCUGGUUUUCUGGCCGUGAGACUGAGGAGAACAGUGAAAAGAAUGUGAAACGGGAGAAAGGCAUGCAACCAGGGACCACCUCUGAUCAGCUACAACCAGUGAAAUCAUUUUCUCAAAGUGAAAAAGUGUCUGGCCCUGUGAAAUCAAAGGACAAAGUAAGAUAUCUUGAAACAAGUAUGACAUCUUCUCCAAAUAAAGAGGAAAGUAGGUCGACGUCAAAAUCUGUUUCCUUGUCUUCUGGUGAGGAGACUUUGAGUCCGAAAGAUAAUCAAAAGAAUUUCCGAGGUUCUUCUUCUGGCAUUCAGAUUGUUGAAUCGUCACAAUCACAAAUUGCUAGUGGCAUAAAGUCUCCUGUUGUGGAAGAAAUUUCAAAUGCUGGUUACGCUGUCUCUGGAAGUGUUUCAAAAGAUAACCAAAAGAAUUUUAGAGGUUCUUCUUCUGGCAUUGAAAUAGUUGAAUCAUCACAAUCACAAAUUGCUAGUGGCAUAAAGUAUCCUGUUGUGGAAGAAAUUUCAGACGCUGGUUACACUGUUUCUGGAAGUGGUUCAGAGGAGAACAGGGACCAGUUUGGUUGUCAGAAGUUUGAUGAAGAGUCAGACAAUGUGCAAAAGGGUGCAGAAUUGAAACAAAGGAAGCUUCAAAGGAAUAAGCAAGUCCUGAAAGACAGAUUUGAUGAAUGGGAAGAAGCUCAGAAUCUUGAAAUUGAACAGAGAAAAACAGAUGAAUUUUUUAUGAGAGAAGCACUGCUUGAAGCGAAGAAGGCUGCUGAUACUUGGGAGGUUCCUGUUGGUGCUGUACUGGUGCAACAGGGGAAGGUUAUUGCACGUGGAUUUAACCUAGUGGAAGAAUUACGAGAUUCAACAGCCCAUGCUGAAAUGAUAUGCAUACGGGAGGCUUCAAACGUUCUUCGGACUUGGAGGCUUGCGGAGUCUACACUUUAUGUAACACUUGAACCCUGCCCUAUGUGUGCUGGAGCAAUUCUUCAAGCAAGAGUUGACACUGUUGUAUGGGGAGCUCCUAAUAAGCUUCUUGGAGCUGAUGGGAGCUGGAUAAGACUUUUUCGCGAUGGGGGCCAAGGAAGUGAGUCGGAACAGUCAGAAAAGCCAGCUGCACCAGUCCACCCAUUCCACCCGAACAUAACCAUCCGACGAGGCGUGUUGGCAUCAGAGUGUGCAGAUAUAAUGCAGCAAUUCUUCCAGCUGAGAAGAAAAAAGAAGGAAAAGAGGCAGGCAGGCCCACCAGCACCGCCUUCGUCCCGUGCUGUUUCUCACCAUCCACGGAAGAUACUUACGAAGCUGCAUGACAUCUUCCACAUAAUGUUCUGUUUAUGAGGGAUGGUACAAAACCCUGAAUUCCUUGUACACAUCUGUGUUAAAAUUUUGCUCCCGUAUAAAUUUUUUGUUCCCGCAAAUGUUUCAAUGUUGUGUCAAUGUACAUGUUACAGCAUUAACAAAUUAGCCUUGUGGAAAAUAGUGAGAUGGCCCUUGGUAUCAUAGCAUUAACAAUAUAGCACGUCUCGGGUGCAGUUGCAUCUGCAAGUAGGUUGUUAAUUACAGCUUCAGGGCCACCAAACGGUGGUUUCUUACUUUCAUCAAGUGAAGGAUCCUCAACUCAAUAAGAUCGAAUGAAUAAAUGCCUUCCAAGAAACUGUGCUUGACCAUGAUAGGAACCUCUUACCAGAGUUCAGGUUUGCUGUUAAGAUCAGCAAACAGCAGCAGGUAGGUAUCAUUUUUAAAAAUAGGAUUUAGUGAUGCCCUGCACACGUCUUUUCCUUCUUUCCAUCUGUGCCAUAGAGAAAUUUGUGCAGCAACUAGAGUUAAAUGUGCAAUUUAAGGGGCAUUAUUUUCAUUCUCAGAACCUAGUGAGCCCUGCCUAUCUUUAUCAGUAACAACUUUGCUGGCCAAAUGAUUAGAAGGGAAGCACCAAUCACAUGAAAAUUACAUCUCUCCCUUCUCUGUUUCACCAAACGUUUCCUUCACUUUCUGCAUAUUUCUUUUCUCAAGACUCAUAUAUAACUUUGAAUUCUUCUCAAUACUAUCCAUCUUAAAAAUAUGGCUUCGACUCUGAUGGCCCUGGUUUUGACCUGUCUCACCUUUCAACUAGUCCUUACCAAUGCACAAACACCAGCAGCUGCACCCACUACGGCUACAACACCGCCACCACCUACCACACCGAUUGCACCAGCUGCGCAACCACCGACUGCUGUAACACCACCCCCUGUAACCCCACCCACAACCCCGCCAACAACAUCACCACCCCCUAAAGUUGCACCAUCCACAAGCCCGACAUUCCCACCCCCAAAAACUCCACCAAAGAUUUCACCUGUCUCAACUCCAUCUCAGCCACCAACACUGCCACCACCACCACCACCAGUUGUUUCACCACCACUACCACCUCCACAAGUAGCACCACAGGUAUCCCCAACCCCAGCUCCUGUUAAGAAACCGCCGGCGCCAGCACCAGCCAAGGCAGCACCAGUGCCCUCACCAUCACAAGCACCGCCAGUAUCAGCGCCAACACCAGUUGUCGCGGAACCAGCUCCAGCCCCUGUGGAAGUGCCGUCACCUGCACCUGCUCCACAUAAACACAAGAAAAGGAAGCACAAGCACAGGAGGCAUCAUCAUGCACCAGCACCGGCGCCAACUGUCCAAAGUCCCCCAGCCCCACCUAUAGUGACAGAUACAGAGGAUACAACACCAGCACCAUCACCAACUUUGGAUUUGAGCGGAGGAAAUGCACUGCACCAGAAAGGAGCAAAGUCUGCUAUUUGGAUUACGACUGGAUUAGCUAUUGCUAUACUGCUGGCAAUGACAAGCUAGUAUCUUAGAUGAUGCACAAUGAAUUCAUUGGUGUUGCACGGAGACAAUUAUUUCAUAUGUAAAACUCAGAUGUAGGAAUGAAUAAUGCAAGAGAUGAACCAACAACAUUAGCAUUUUUUGUACUUGCCACAUGUUCAAUAUAUUGGGGGAGAUGAAUUUCGGGUUUCAA